AUGCCUCCAACUGUCAAGCUCCAUGUUGCCAUCUACCACAGCGGUGUAUAUAAGCACUGGAGCCUCUUCGUUGAGGGAGCCACCGAUUCCGAAAAGAUCAUACUCCACGCCAUGGGUUCUUCGACUCGAUACCGUUUCGAAAUGCGAAACUCAAACGCCCGCGAAUCAAAAAGCCUCGCGGAACUGGUUUACCUUUGCGACGUGCCCGCUUUCAAAGUUGAAGCUAUCAAGGACACUGCAAAGAACGCAGUUAUCCACAAUGAAUUCGCGGGUUAUAACUGUCAAGACUAUGUGCUCGAGCUUUUGGACGAUUUAGAGGCGGAAGGAAUCAUCGAUGGCGGCGACGCGACUUAUGCCGCUAACAAGGCCAGUGUUAAGGGCAAGCAGGAAGGGUUGGCAUAG